CGCAAGCGGCUCGCGAGCCCUGGCAGUCCGUCCGCCAGCUCUCGGCUGCAAGGUGGUCGCCGCGGGCGAUCUCCACACGGUGCUGCUCAGUUGCGACGGGGCCGCCGUGGCGAGCGGUUGGAAUAUGCUCUGGGCAGUGCAGCGCUCCAGCGCUGCGUCAACAGCUCACUUGCACGCAGGUCGGCGCUGGUCGUUUCCACGCCGUCUUGCUAGAGAAGCGACGGGGCCGCCGCGGCCUGUGGCGCGAACGGAGAUGGGCAGGGAGGCCUUCCGACGCUGCCCGAGGGCCUCACUUACACGCAGGUCUCCGCGGGUCGCAGCCACACCGUCCUGCUCAGAAGCGACGGGGCCGCCGUGGCGUGUGGUGAGAAUGGAGAUAGGCAGUGCAACCUUCCGACGCUCCCUGGGGCCCUCACUUACACGCAGGUCGCCGCGGGUCGCAGCCACACGGUCCUGCUCAGAAGCGACGGGGCCGUCGUGGCUUGCGGUGCGCAUGUGGAUGGGCAGAGCACCCUUCCGCUGCAUCCAGACUUCAGGCUCGUCGCCGCAGGUGCUGACCACACGGUCCUGCUCAGGAGCGACGGGACGACCGUGCCCGCUGGCGGGAAUCUGCUCCGGCAGUGCGACAUACCGGCGCUGCCCGAGGACCUCACCUGCGAGCAGGCCGCCGCGGGCCUGUCGCACACGGUCCUGCUCCGGAGCGACGGAGCG